AUGUAAAACCUCCAUCCAGUGCCGAGAGCAGGAGCAUUUGCGCAGAUAGUCUGCGCUGCUUUCAACAGACGCACAAGCGUGUCAGCUGAGAGCGAGAGCGAGAGCCAGAGAGAGAGAGAGUAGACAGAGAGAGAGAGAGUAGACAGAGAGAGAGAGAGUAGACAGAGAGAGAGUAGACGGAGAGAAGUUCCCCGUUGUUGCUUCUCGUCCCGCUGCCGAGCGAUCCGACCUGCAAAAGAGUCUGCAAGAAGCAGGUCGACCAACCGCUGCGUACCGGACUCGUGUUAGCACCAGGGAUUUAACAUGGUGAUCAAAGUCUACAUAGCAUCGUCCUCCGGAUCCACUUCGAUUAAAAAGCAGCAGCAGGAUGUGAUGGGCUUCCUGGCGGCCAAUAAGAUCGCGUUCGAGGAGUGCGACAUCGCGGCCAACGAGGGCAACAGGAUGUGGAUGAGAGAGAAUGUCCCGGAGGAGGCCAGGCCGACCACGGGGAACCCUCUGCCCCCACAGAUAUUCAACGAAAGCAAAUAUUGCGGGAACUACGAGGCCUUCUUCGAUGCCAGAGAGGACAAUGCCGUGUAUGCGUUCCUGGGUCUGACCGCUCCCCCCGGCUCCAAGGAGGCCGAGGCUCUGGCGAAGAAAGCACAGCAGUAGCAGCUUUACGCCGUUUUCUACCUGAGACCUGAACCCAGACCUGAACCCAGACCUGAACCCAGGAAGACCAAGAACUGAUCCAGGAUGAAAACAAGCAACAUUUCACUCAGCUUAUAAAUAUGUGAUUUACUUUUUUUUUCUAUUAGUCUGUGUUCAGCUGUGCCUUGUCAGCUGUAGUGAAAGGAGGUGCUGAAGCAGUGCAUUAUGGGUAUCUACAAACAGCUCUGCUUCCUCUCAUUAACUUCAGCCCGCUAAGCCUAUUGGCCUAACGACAUGUCAAUCAACCAUAAGCAUGAACGCGUAGCUUCCUUUUUGAGAACACACAGUCAGACACCACUAAAUGUACGCACGUUGAAAGUUGUUCCACAGAUUCAUCAUUUGGCCAACAGGACGUCAUCCAUAAUACAUCGUCCUCAUUCAUUUCACUCGACGGGUUCAAUUCGAACAAGUCUCAUCUGUCGAAUCCUGGAAACACGUUUUUGCUCCUGCCCAUUACGUCAUCGCCAAAAACCUGCAGCACCUUCUGUAAAAGUGAUCUACCACAAUCCUAUUCCCUGUUUUUAUUUACUCUCUACAGUCUUAAUGCUGUUUUAAUAGCAAACUUUUUUCUACGAGAUGAUGUAUGUUUUAAAAUAAUAACACACAUGCCAAAAUUACAAGUCUGCAUACACAGAGGGAUGUGAAAUUGAGUUGUUGUUUUUUUUUUAUUUGCCGUUUGUGUUUUCAGGGGAGUUGGAUCGCUGUUUGGUUUCACCAUCGGCAUCCUGUUUCACAUUGUGUUGGUAAUCCCGGUGUUACACAAUCUUCUAAAUAAAAAUAAGACUGCAAAUAAAA